AUGUCAGAAACCCAAGAAGGCUUCGAUGCCAGUGCAAAGGCACUCAACAGCCUUACCACCGCCGCCGAAAACCAUCCCAAUACCCCAGUUACCCAUCUACAUCGCCCCGCAAACCAUGAAUCCGCCCACACAUGGCUCGGCAAGAUUCUACCUGCCUCAACCCUCGACAAUUUGGAGACCCGAUUCCAUAUGGGUAACUAUGUUAUCGAUAGACAGACUGGGGAGAAGAGCUUCGAAGCCAUGAGUAUCUACGUUCGUCUGGGCAUGCACCUGCUCUACUACGGCUCGGAGCAAGAGAAAGCACUACACUGGCAGAGAACGCUCGAACUCCUCAAAGAACAAAGUCUGAAGAUGGGUCGGGAGUAUGAUACACCUGAAAGUAGGGCACACAUUGAGCCAUUCAUCAAGAGCUUCGAUCUACAAGACUCUCUCGUGGAGAUGGUGCAGCCGGAUCCCACCAAGUAUGCGACUUUCAACGACUUCUUCGCCCGUGAGAUCAAGGAGUCCGCACGACCGAUUGCUGAGCCAGAAGACGAGUUUGUGACUUCGAGCCCUGCCGAUUGCAGAUUGACCGCUUACCCGACCAUUGAUCUCGCCACAGAGUACUGGAUCAAAGGGCGAGGCUUCACAAUUUCAAGGCUGCUGGGGGACCCAGCCUUGGCAAACCGAUUUGAUGGAGGGUCCAUCGUCAUCGCUCGCCUGGCUCCUCAGGACUACCAUCGCUGGCACGCACCGGUCUCUGGGACAGUGGAGUCCAUCAAGGAUAUCCCCGGCGCCUACUACACCGUCAAUCCGCAAGCCAUCAAUGAGCCUGGUACAUUGGACGUCUUCUGCGAGAAUAAGAGGUCCGUGAUGCUUCUCAAGAGGUCUUCUACUGGAUCUCCAAUCGCGAUCAUAGCCGUUGGUGCUAUGCUCGUGGGAACGAUCAAGUACAACGAGGGUGUUGAGUUCGGUGCAAAUGUCAGGAGAGGGCAGUGCUUGGGUGCCUUCUACUACGGAGGGAGUACCGUAAUUGUGCUUUACCCCAAGGGUGAGGUGGUGCUUGACGAGGAUCUCGUGGGAAACUCUACAAACGACAAGUGUGAGACAAUCAUGAAGGUAGGUUGGCGCACCGGAACGGCGCCAUGA